UAUCGACGCGCAUUCCUUUGUGUACAUUCGAGAUGAACAAAUAAAAUUAUAUUGUUUAUAGUUUUGCAUGUUGAAACUGUUACAAAUUUGAAAAACAAUUACUGUCGAAAAAUAAUAAAAACAUGGCCACGAAAUAUUCCUCGAAAUCAUAUCAAGGACAUUUUAUUUGUUUGUGAAAUAAUUUUUCAAGUGCGCACACUUUUGGUGUAUAUAGACUCACGAGACGUAAAUAUAUAAAUAUAAAAGAGGAACAUGUCUCAUGAUAAUAAGUGAUUAAAGUAUAUCUACAAUCUAAUCUAAUGUUUGGAAUUUGCCAAAAUCUUCUGUGGCAUAGUAUUUUCAGUCAGAGUUUAUUUUUGAGAAAAAAUAUGGCACAGGCAAAAGUAUCAGUGCCCGCAAAAUCGGCAGGAGUCAAGGAAACUGAGAAAGAUGUUGAGGAUAAAGAAGGUUCGUCGACGGUACCUGAAUGCGCAGUAUGUUUACAGCCGUGCAUACAUCCGGCACGUUUGCCCUGUAGUCACAUAUUUUGCUACUUAUGCGUAAAAGGAGUAGCUAAUCAAAGCAAACGAUGUCCAAUGUGUCGACAAGAAAUUCCAGCCGAUUUUUUAGAAAGGCCACAACUUGUAGAAGUCGAUGAACCACAAAAGGAGACGGCAGAAGUCGAGGAUGAGUACCACUGGUUUUACGAAGGUCGCAAUGGUUGGUGGCAAUAUGACAUGAGAACGAGCCUGGAACUUGAGACGGCUUACAAGCAAGGUAAACGGACUUGCGAGCUACUUAUUGCGGGAUUUUUGUAUAUUGCCGAUUUUGGAUCGAUGCUUCAAUUAAGAAGGAAUGAUCCAUCGAGACGUAGAAGAAUCAAACGCGAUCUUCACAAUGUACCAAAAAAAGGAGUAGCGGGACUACGACUUAAUACACAAGAGGAAGACCAAAUUGUUAGGGAAAUUAGAGGAGCUGAAAGACCCGUUAGUCCAGUCAGUGAUAACAUAGGAAUUGCGGAUGGAACGAAUACUCCAAUUCCACCGAGUAAUACACCACAAACUCCAGCUGGUGGUUCAGCGUCAGGCGAUGCGACACCAUUAACCGAUCGUUCUGAUCAAAGAUCUGAAUCUCUACAUCAAAUAUUGGAGCAAAUGAGAUCGUUAGUAUUAAGGGAACACAUGUCGCUCAAUAGUGAUAAUGAAAUUGAUGAUGCAGUAGAAAAUAAUUCACAAUCUGAUCAACGUUCCAUUGAUUGGCUACAAUCCGACGAAGAGGAUGAUGCCGAACGUGAAUAAUUUAUUAUAAACGUACAAAAAAAGUUAUAUAUAUAGAAUUAUAAAUAAUUGCAAAGUUCUUGUUGAACAUUCUAGUACUUAAGAUUAAAAAAAUUAUAUUAUAGAGAGUAUCGAAUUAUUCUCGUGUGAAACAAAUUAUCACUUAUAAUAUUUUAUAUUUGCUUCGUGCUCAUUGUGCAAUUAAUGUUGAAGAGAAAACAAAAAAAGAAAUAAUUCAAUUAUGUAAAUAGAUACGUUUUUUAUCAAAAAAAUGAAAUUUAGUAUCUGUAGGAAAAUCGUACGAUACUCGAAAAAAAUCGAAAUAUUAUUUUUGAAUUUAAUACUGAAAAUUAGAAACAAAUAUUUUUAUUUUACUCAUUUUUUAUUCUUGACUAUUUUUAUUAAAAAUUUUGUAUUUUUUGCAUUUAUUGCAAUUAUUCUGUUUGAAAACGAUUUUUUUUCGUUUUGAUUUUAUUUAUAGUUUUCAGUAUUAAAUUUUGUAGUUAAGUUAAUUUUUUCUUUUCGUUGAAUAGAACUUGUUUCAAAGUUACUUUCAGCUUUGAAAAUUUACUAGUAUGCGAAGAAUUAAAAAUUAUUUUUGAAUGCAUUUUACAAAAUCAAAAAAAAAAAAAAAGAAUGUAAACGUCGUUUUGAUUACGAUAAAUUAAUGAAUUGCUUUUAUAAUGUUAAAAAUAGAUUUUUACACAAUUUCCUAUAUUUACCAGGAAAUGCAAUAAAUCGAUAUAUAUAUAUAUUUAUGUUUAAUAAUUUUAUUUUUUGAAUUGUAAUUAUAAAAAAAUGGAAAUGUGACGCUUUAUCUGAUGUGUGUCACAAAUAUUUUUACUAGCAAUAAGAAAGGAAUUUUUUUGCUAUUAUAUUGAUGUUUAAAGAUUUAAAAAAAUUGUCGAAAUAACAAAAUUUCUCGUUUCUAUAAUGAAAAAUUGUCAGAAAAAAAAUAUUGGAUCAAUAAAUCGAAAUCCGAUAGGACAGAAAUAUUUUUUUAAAUUACACUGCAGUAUUAUUAAGACGCAAAAUUAAUGGUAAUAAUAAAAAAUUUCUAAUUACGAAAAUAA